AUGGCUGAUUAUAGCAGCUUUAUGGCAAGAGAAGGAGGUGGUCACGGUCUUGCCAUGGGGUGCGGCAGUUCCAGCAGGAUAGAGGUGCUGCAGCCAUCAGUCAAGGAGCUGCCGAAUGGCUGGGGAGCCAAGAACCAGGUAACAACUUUUCCCAAGCAGAUGGGGAACAGAAUGUUACAAGAGAAGCCUGAUUGGGUGCGUAGGUCGGCUAAUAAUGACCCGUCUCAGAGAGCAGCUGGCUCUACCCUUCGGGAUGGGUCCACUGUGUCAAAAGGCAGUGGAGUAAAACUUGAAGAUGAACUCAGUGGGGGAAAUUCACCCCGGGAAAGUCCAGAAAGGUCACCUUCUCCUAGAGAAAAAAAUAAUGGGCAAAACACAGACAUCAUGUUACUCAGUGGUGGAUUUGUCAAUAAACCGAUGCACUUACAGGAACGGGAGAGACAAAAGUCAUCAGAUAUCCUUGAGGAGCUAAUGAUGCAGGGAAUAAUCAAGAGCCAAACUACAACUUUUAGAAAUGGAGAAGCAGAUGCCAAGCUCAUGGACACCCUGGAAAAGCCACUAAAGAAACCACCAGCCAAGCUGGAAAAGCUUAAGAUCAAAAAGAAGGAAGUGAAUGCUUUAACAAUGAAGGACAUUAAAAAUUCUGCCGAAGAAAGAAGAAAGACUAAAGAAGAGCAACCGAAAGAAAGACUUCAGAGUGGCAGACUUUUUCCAGCAAUUGCCCAUCAAAAUAUUGCUGAGCUGAAUGAGGAAGGCUAUUCAACUUCGGAAGGUCAAGAAGGUACAAACAUUGUUCAGCCUUUAUCAUUCGACCUGGAGACAGAGACUCUGCUGGAGAAGGAGGAAAUAGCUGUCGAAAUUGUAAACAGCAAUUCAGAACACUUUGGUGCUGUGGAGUCUGAUACAACUUAUAACACCAGUUUAAAUGAAGCAUUCUGA